AGCCUCUUUAUUUACCCUUAGUUUAGUUUAGGUGUAGGCAUUCCCGAGGACGACCAAAUCGGAUGGUGGUAUAAAUUUGGAUGGUGCGCAAAUGGCAAGCGCUUUAGCUCUAAGAUAUCACUUGUAACCCGAUUUUAAGGGAAUAUAUGAGACAAAUUAUGCUUUUCUCAAAGGACACUACGGCAAGGCUUUGCGUGGUGUCCAAGGCACUCACUGGUAUCUGAGUUGGUUUAUUUAUUUAUUCUACCCGUGCAGCUUUUUUGGGGUAGUUUCCCUCAAAGUUCUUCGCAAAAAUUUCUUGCUGCGGAGGGAGCGACAAAGGGGUUAAAGAGCAUAAAGUGGGGGAAAGUGAAUCAGUAUGGAAGAAAAUGAUCACGGCAACAGAGAUGCGGUGGAGCGACAGGAGUCCGCGGAUGAAUCCAAUAGAGCCAUCCUCCCCCUGCUACAGGCGCCGGGGAACCUGCAGAUCCCGCACCGGGUCACCAAUUUUUUCAUCGACAACAUCCUCCGGCCGGACUUCGGACGCAAGAAGGACGUGGACGCUCACCGCGAUGAGAGCAGCCCAGCGUCGCGGGAGAGCCGCGGCAGCCCCGCCGCCCCUCAGACUGAGCCGGUGGGCAGCACUGUGCCAGCGGAGGGGACCUCAACUCCACACACAGUCACCGGGCCCAAGAAGCCCGCGAAAGCCGCCGAGGAGUCCCUGAAACCGAGCGGGGAGAGCGGAGACCAGUGCCUAAGCUCAGACUCAGACAGUUCCCAAGCCAGUUCCAACCCAUCCAUGUCGCAGCCCAUGUUGUGGCCAGCCUGGGUCUACUGCACCAGAUACUCGGACAGGCCCUCUUCAGGGCCAAGAUCUCGCAAACCAAAGAAGAAAUCGACCAGCAAAGAGGACAAGCGACCACGGACGGCCUUCACAGCAGAGCAGCUGCAGAGACUAAAGUCGGAGUUCCAGACCAACCGGUACCUGACGGAGCAGAGGCGGCAGAAUCUGGCGCAAGAGCUGGGUCUGAACGAAUCCCAGAUCAAGAUCUGGUUCCAGAACAAAAGGGCCAAGAUCAAGAAGGCCAGCGGCACCAAGAACAGUCUGGCCUUGCACCUGAUGGCGCAGGGACUCUACAAUCACGCCACCGUCACGUCGAAAGAUGAGAAAUCAGACAGCGAUUGAUUCCCAGAGAUGUAAACAGCAGCCUCCUGACGAAAAAGAACCUAUAGUAAUCCUAUGAUAGAUUUAUAUAGAGAUUAAAACUCUACUUACAGGAAUAUUUAAUGUUACCACUGCAGAUACUUUAACUAUCACUCACCAUGGAUGUACACAAUGGCUCCAAGAAACCAUAACAAAUGAAUAGAUUCCCUACACGAAUUUCUAACCGAACCAUAGGCCUCUAUAGGUUCCUAUGGGAAUAUUAUAGUGAUUUUUUCGUUAUAUGGGAGGUGUAAUCAAGCCUACAAUGCAAUAAUAUGAUCGAAUAAAGGGCCAGUGUGUAGCCUUUACCAGCAUAAAUUGUUAAAAAAAAGAGAGAGAUAUUUCUGCAAUAUCACGUCUAUAAAAGAUGUAUAAAGGUACGUUUUCAUUGUUUUUGUCGUCCCCGCCCCCUUCCCGGGGCUACCAAUGCUUACACUCUCCAUUUUUAUAAGCCGUAUAAGGAUUACUGCUAUCCAUGAUUGUCAUCGUGUUACAUUUUAACUAACUGGCACUUGGCGUUUUUACUUGUCAGUAAAGUGGGAAAUUAAUAAAAAGAAAAAGAAAAAAAAAAAAAAGAAAAACUGAAGUCCAAAGAAUAUUUUUCUGCUGCAUCCAGGCUACUGUGAAUUUAAAUAUGCUAACAAGGUUUUUCUAAUGCCAUGCUGGCUUGGUUUUCUCGGUUGUUUUUUGCGUGCAAAGUGAAAAUCGAAAUUUGUUAGGGCUAAUUGGGCACUGCAUUAUUAUUUUUUUUUAUUAUUAUUUAUUUAAUUUUGUUCCCCAAGCGUUGUUGUAGUUAUGCAGUUUGUUGGAAGUGACCAGUGGCGUUUCUUGCAGGAAUGGCACCCUGGGUGAGGUUGUCCUUUGGCCACCCAAUACAUGUAAAGAACCCACACCCAAAACCUAUUUUACAGAGAAUGUUUUUAUUAUAUAAUCCAGCAGAAUCAUUUAGAGAUACACAUAUUGAACCUACAUUUUUUGAUUUGUUCAUUUAGAACACAAAGACUUGGGGAUGCACCGAUGAUUGGCCAUAUAUCAAAGUUGCAUCUUUUUUUACUUAAACAGCUCUAAUCUGUGAUUGGCAAAUUUGUGUCUGUAAACACAACUAGCAGUGUGUACUUUGAUGGAGUUGUCUUUGGUUUGGUUCAAAAUCAAGUUAAGAUUAGGGAUAUAUUCUUCAUGCAUAAAUUGCAAUAAUUUUGUACUUUCAACAUUUCUUGUUUGAAUUAAAAUGACACCUAUCAAAGAAGCUGCAAAACAUUUUAUUUUCUCUUUGCUGUGUCUUAGUUUGUUAACAUAAAAAAAUGAGAAUUCAUAAAAAUGAUAAUUAGCACCUCAUACCUCAGGAAGCCGAAUAUUGGCCGGAAAAAUCUAAUUGGUGCAUCUCUAAAAAGAAUCGUGUUUCUCUAAAUAGAGAUAAUACAUAAUAAUUACAGAAAAUAUCAGUAGAAUUUUUUUUACCACUAAUCAUGCUAUGCUUGAUUAGUGGUAAUCAAGCAUAGCAAAUCUUUCAAAAUUUUCUCAGUUUAAAAUGUGUUCUUUCUCCUUUCUGUGUCAUGGCGCACCCAGACCAGGCAGCCCUGGGGAUAUAGCCAUGUCUCAAAAACCGCCACUGGAAGUGAAAGAGCAAAAUAAAUUUUUUUAAAUUUUCUUUUGUAACUAACACACAAAGGUAGGCCUUGCUUAUAUGAUUAUGGUCAUCUCACGGCCUUUAAAUAAAUGUGCGUGUUCUCUUCAUUAUAUGCCAAUGCAUCAGUGCAGCUAUUAUAGUUUAAAAUAGCAAUAUGAAUCAUUUUUUGUAGCUAAACAAAGGCUAUAAUGCUGCCUUUUGAGUCACAGAAACAACUCUGUAGCAUAAAGACAAUGAUGACAACCAUUUCUGCGAACUCUUUACUCUUUUACAUGCAGGUUGUUGGAUGUUCUUGGUAAAUCUUUCUCUAUUUACAUUUUUAUUGCAUAUCCAUAUAUCAUAAAAAGAAUGGAACUCCGUCAGUGACUGUAUUACAAAUCUCUUAUCGUUGUUGAAAGGACUUCAUAUGUGUAUUUAUAUAGAUUAUAUUGAGAAAAAAAUCUAUCCAAUGACCAGUGUUGCUUUAGAAUAGAUAUCUGAGGUGUUUACACUGCUUGUUUAUCUUGCAAUAACUUCUUUUUGUUUCCUUUUUGUUUGUUUUUCUUUGUGAAUGAAAAAAAAAGUUUAUGGGGCCUUUUUUGCAUGAAAGCUGCAAUUUGUUGUACUUUGGGCAAAAACAACUGUGUUUAUUAACUUUGGUCUUUAUUGACAAAAAAAGUAUGAUCGAGUUUCAGACUGUAUCCAUACCAAAUUGUGGACUUUUUUGCCUUUUUUUUUCAAUGUGUUCUUUUUCUUUUGUUGUGCAUCUGCAAAAAGUGUGUGUGAAUAACAAAAAAAAAGAAAGAAAAAUCCACCAAACAGAAACACACUUUGCCUUAAAAAGUUCGAGUUGGAACUUUUUUCCUGAAACAGAACUGUGCCGAAUCAGAGAAGCAGUGUUACUUCAAAUGCAGACUUACUCAAGUUUUAAUGCCUUUAUGAGAACUGCUGGUACGACAUUAUGAAUUUACUCAUCAGCGUAUAUCUAUCUAUAUAUGAACAUGUUUAAAUGAAAUUACAACACAGAGUUGUAGAAUACAAUGCUAUUUUUUAUUUUAUGUUGGAAGUAUUCUUUGGUAUAAAUGUACAUAAUUUGUAUCAUGUAUUAAUUGUGUAAUUAACUGCCUCCUGAAAAGCCGCAAAAGAGUAAAUAAAACCUUGGAGAUUAUACAUGA